CGAAGAGUACAGAAGCGAAGCAUCAUUCUUCUCUCCAAGGCCAUUACCAGGUAAAAUUUAUGCUGUUCAGCAUGAGAACCAGCAAGGAUUUGUUUUUCGCCGUCGCCUUCUGCUACCCUUCUCACAAUAUCUUCAUCAUCUAUUCCAAGAAGCAACACUUCAUCUAACACAAAAUCUUAUCAACAUGUCGUCGAACCUUUACGCCACAAUCCAUGAAGCCACCCGCCUCAACCACGAAGGGGUGCGCUGUCUCGGCGCCAACGACAGCCAAAGCGCCCACCGCCUUUUCAAACAGGCGUUGGCUGCUAUCAACUCGAGCUUGGCCAAUGACAUCUAUGAAGGCGAUGACGAGAAGAGUUCCCACCCUCGAACGAUCCCAACACUUGCACUGCCUAUUGCUGGUAUGGAAGACGACUUAUUUUACGUCCACAGUCAAGCCCUGGUUGUCGAUUUUUCUGUUUUUGGCCCAUCUUCCAGUACUCUCCACAUUGCCAGCACAGUCAUUCUGUUCAACCUUGCUCUCUCUUGUCACAAGUAUGGCAUGCAGUACAGCGCCGAACCCAAUCUCCGAUCUGCCAGCCGCCUGUAUGGACUCUGCAGCAACCUGGUGAAUCAGCAACUUGAAGAAUCUGAGACCUUUUCAGCCGCCGACGACUUGGCCUCUCUGGUUGCAUUCGCGGCUUUGAACAACAAGGCUCAAAUUCAUUUCCGAUACCUGGUUGAUCCACAAGGAGCAGUUGAUAUUUUGAAGACUUUGAAGCCCACUGAGGCUAUUCUGUCCAUUGAAUCACCCUUUUUGGAGCCAGCUCAUUUGGAGGCGAUUAUGCUCAACCGCUUCACUCUGGCGGGAUCGGCACUCUUGCCGUCCGCAGCGGCUGCCUAACUUGACCGCGUCUUGCAUCUGCUAGCCUGUAUUACAAUAACCGAUACCACUAUAGAGAUUCAUACUUUUUCAGUUU